UCUCGGGCACGGCCUCAUUCGAGGGCCGGAACCCUAAAAGAUCUUGGCAACUGCCAAGACAGUCCCCCACUCCCAAAAUUUCCCUACGACCGCAGUUGUGACCACGGCUCGUCGACAAUUAACACCAUCACGAACGAUCAAUUCCGUCAUCUCCGCCAAAUUUCCAUAAACCAACCGCAAAAAUGCCUGGAGGUGUCACCGUUCGCGAUGUCGAUCCCCACAAGUUUGUCGCGGCCUACGCGGCUUUCUUGAAGCGUCAGGGCAAGCUCCCUGUGCCCGGUUGGGUUGAUACUGUCAAGACCGGUGUCGCCAAGGAGAUGCCUCCUCAGGAUAUCGACUGGUACUACGUCCGUGCCGCUUCCGUUGCCCGCCAUGUUUACCUGAGGAAGACCGUCGGUGUUGGCCGUCUCCGCAAGGUCCACGGCAGCGCCAAGAACCGCGGCUCUCGCCCUUCCAAGCACGUUGAUGCCAGCGGUAGCGUCGACCGCAAGAUCCUGCAGUCCCUUGAGAAGAUCCAGGUUCUUGAGAAGGACGAGGAGAAGGGCGGCCGCCGCAUCACCCAGCAGGGUCAGCGUGAUCUUGACCGGAUUGCGCAAACCGUUGCCGAGGCUGAUGAGGAGGAGGCGGAGGAUGACGAGUAAGGGCAUCUCCUUGAAGGGGCUGCUCGCGUAUCCCUGCGUUCUUGGCUGAACGGGGGGGUUCGUUGGGGUUAGUAUCAGAGCUAAAAGGCACCUCGUGGGUUGGGUCUGGUCAUGAUUCCCGGUAGCAUCUGGUUUAGGCGUCAUAAAAGGGAUUGCUGGCUUGCUUGAUCAUCUGAGCCUGGCCUGGUCUACCUCCGCAGUCAGUAACCUCAAUGAUGUGUUGACUUCGACCUGCGAGCCUGGUGCUCUGACCACCACUGCUGAUUUCGGCCAUCUCGACGUGAAAAUGCGCGGUGAUUAAUCGCUGCUGACUGAAUUUCAGCCUCCCUGGACCUAAUUUCUGAAUUCUUAUCAUGAACCUUCCUACAUGCGCUCUUGCGGCGACUCUCGCCCAGCCUCUCUCUUUCGCCCACUGUCUCUCACCCGCCUUCUCUCUCACGAGCCUAAGGUUGCGUUCGGGCGCCUUUCUCUGCGAGAUUUGGGGAUGGCCCUUCUGCUAGAGAGCCAUUGAACUUCUCUAAACUCGAGAACCUCUUGCACCUCGAACCCGAUUCCUCGCCGCGUUUCCGGCGAGCACCUCUAUCAACACCUCAAUC